AUGAUUGGCGAGAAUCCGUUGACUGUUGCGAACCUUGAUAUCGUAGGUGCGAUAGCUCCUACGCUCACUCCUCUGAUGAAUAAGCUUUUCCGGCAGCUCUGCGAUAGAGCACAGAAUCAUAUCCUGAAGGCAAAAUGGCAGCAGAAGUACUAUGCAGACACAAAGCGCCGAGCCGUGGAGUAUGCAGUGGGCGACAAAGUUUGGCUCAGUAGCAAGUGCUUACCGCCUUUCAACAGCUGCCCUAAGUUUGAGCCCCAUUACCGCGGACCCUUUGAAGUCAUCGAAGGCAUAGAGACCGUCGCUUACCGUCUCGCUCUGCCUCCCACCUAUGAAUGCCACAACGCUUUCCACGUUUCGCAGCUAGUUCCCCACCGCCCGCCCCCUCCCGACAUGGUUCUCCCGGAAGCCGACGCCGCCUGGCCUACUAUCCGCGAUUCAGCAGGCAAUCCAACAGAGGAUUAUGAAGUCGAUUAUAUUAUGGACCAACGCGGCUCGGGGGAUGAAGCUCAGUACCUCGUGAAGUGGCGCGGGACCCCUGAAGGUCAAGCCACAUGGGAGCCCGCUCACCACCUUACAAGCUGCCCGGCUUUGCUUCGCGGUUGGCGCCGCCGCCAACAAAGACGUCUUCAGGCUCGAAACAAUCUUGGUCCUUCCGAGGCGUAG